AUGGACAGGGAAACCUCAGACGUCGACCUUUGUAGUCUAUCUCAAAGAGAAGCCGAACCACUCCGUGAAUUCGUGAACAGGUUCAAGUUGGUAAUGGGAAGAGUCACUGGAACCAGAGAAAAAGUGGCAAUCGACGCUUUGCGGAAAACUCUCUGGUACAGGUCGAAACUCCGGCAAUGGAUAUCCCUUGAAAAACUGAGAACAAUCCAGGACGCUCCUCACAAGGCAACGGACUUCAUCAUGAUGGAAGAAGAGAUGAAAGUCCUCUCCCAUAAGUACAACCCGCAGAAGACGUCCACGAGAAGGAAAAACCCUCGUAACGACAGGAACCAGUUCAAGGAUAAUUCCUACUGCGAGUUCCACCAGACCAGAGGUCAUUCCACUAUGAACUGCAAGGUUCUCGGUGCAAGGCUUGCUGCGAAGCUCCUCGUCGGCGAAAUUUCGAAGGUCACAUGCAUAAAAGACCUCCUCCUGGAUUCCGAUCGCCCUCCCAAAACUGAUAAAGAGUCCCCUGAAAACGACACCCGCGAAAAUCAGUCGGGCGAGAAACGCGGAAGGAGGCAAGAUGACCGAGGAAAAGACAGCAACCGUCGAAGAGUGAGCAUGAUCAUCGGGGGAUUGCAAUUCUAUCGUGAUUCGAUCUCGUUGAACAAAGCUUAUGGAUGGAAGGCUGAGACGAGUUCAAGCUGGCUGGCUCGGUCCCCAACAGACGACGCCACUAACGAUAUUUUCGUCUUCGAAGAGCGGGAAACCAACGGAAUCGACAAACCUCACUGCGACCCAUUGGUUAUCGAUCUGGUAAUCCGAGACCUGGAAGUGGGAAGGAUCCUUAUCGACACGGGAAGCACCGUCAACGUCAUCUUCCGCGAUACCCUCCGGAGGAUGAACAUUGAACUCGGAGAAGUCGUCUCGGAACCAAAACCUCUCACCGGUUUCUCAGGUGCAAUGUCAAUGACCCUCGGAUCAAUCAAACUCCCAGUGAUGGCUAAAGAGGUGACGAAAAUCAUUGACUUUGCGGUAGUCAAUAACCCGGCCAUCUACAAUGUCAUCAUAGGAACUCCUUGGAUCAAUGCCAUGAAAGCGGUACCGUCGACUUACCACCUUGGCAUCAAGUUAUCAACUCCAAACGGAACAGCAGUAAUCUGGGGAUGCCAAAAACAGUCUAGGCUCUACUUCUUGGCCGAGCAUAAACUACGGCAAACUCCGAACAUCCCCGCGGUCAACCCGAAGCGGGCUAAGAUAGCUCAAAACGCUCCCGAGCGCUCGAUAAAAAGUGAUCCAGAAUCACCCGACCAGGCAACGACUCCAGACAGCGACAUAGUCCCCGAGUCCAUCGCCUUGCCAGCGGACAGCCCGACCCCUGAAAUGGUCGUUGAUCCAACUGAAGCCCCAACGGCUGAAGUAACCGGAACGAUCCCAUCCGGCGAGUAG